AUGAAGGCCAUGCAGGUGAUUUCCCUGACUCUGCUGUCUGUCCUGGCAGCCAGCGCUCAGAUCUUCAAGUUCGGCAAAUGUCCCAAACCUGACGUUCAGGCCAACUUUGAUGCAACCAGGUACGUGGGUAGGUGGUAUGAGAUCAUGAAGCUCCCAACAGCCUUCCAGAAAGGCGAGUGCGGCACCGCCACCUACAGCCUGAAGAGCCCAGGAGUCGUCGGGGUCCUGAACAGGGAGCUGCUAAACGACGGAACCACUAAUGCUAUCGCCGGUUCUGCCAAGGCUAAGAACCCCGCCGAGCCUGCCAAGCUGGAGGUCUCCUUCUUUGAAAAUUCCCCCCCCGGUCCCUACUGGGUGCUCUCCACUGAUUACGAGGGUCACUCUCUGGUCUACGGCUGCAGCGACUUCGGCCUGUUCCGCAUGGAGUUCUCCUGGAUCCUGAGCAGGGAGCCCACCCUGUCUGAGGAGGCCGUCGAGGAGCUGCACAGCAUCCUGUCCUCCAUCGGAGUCAACGUGGCCAAGAUGGCCUCCACCGACCAGGACGCAGAGUAUUGCAGCGCCAUGAUCCAGUAG